CAUCAUCGGGUUAUUUUAUUUUGGAAAACACGCCGGCGGAAGUGACAUUGUAUUUGUGUUCAGGUUGCGAUGUUGCUGCUGGUCACAUGGCACUUUUCUUCCUAAAGUUUUGCGCCACAGCUGAUAAAAAUGAGUGGUGGUUCAAAUCAGAGAACUUUGUUCCAGGCCUGGGGGGCUUCUGUGUCCCAGAACAAAGCGGUCCAAUCGGGGAAGACUGUUAGAACGGCCACCGGAGCGACCAGGACAGCCUCAAGCAGCAGAGCUCAGGUAGCUCCAACAAACCUUCCUCCUCGCCAGAAAUCUCCAUGGACAGAAAUUGGUCAGAAUAGGACACAUGCAGCAGAGACAACAGCCACGAUAGAGCACAUCAUCCCUGAAGUUGAAGAUGACGAUGAUGACUUAAUGGUGGUAGCCGUCUAUGAGGCUGAAAGGAGCCUCCAGCUUGAGCAUGCCGACGGUUUUCAAAAUAACCAUGCAACAGGACAAAACGUUUCCCCCUUUCCUACCUCACCCUGUGGGAAGAUAUAUCCAGAUUUCCCAGGUUUUGACAGCUCCUCAGCCGAGGUAUGGAUUUAUCCCACCAACUUUCCCAUCAGGGACUAUCAGCUGAAGAUAUCAGAGCAUUCCCUGUUCCAGAACACAUUGGUGUGUCUCCCUACUGGUCUAGGGAAAACCUUCAUAGCCUCUGUGGUUAUGUAUAACUUCUACCGCUGGUAUCCAGCAGGAAAGAUUGUGUUCAUGGCUCCCACCAAACCUCUUGUAGCCCAGCAGAUCGAGGCCUGUUAUAAAGUGAUGGGAAUCCCUCAGGAACACAUGGCUGAGCUGACAGGCAGCACUGCAGCAAAGCAGAGGCAGGAGGUGUGGAGGUCCAAACGAGUCUUCUUCCUCACCCCUCAAGUCAUGGUGAACGAUCUUUCUAGAGACACCUGUCCAGCAAGGCAGAUCAAGUGUGUAGUGAUCGAUGAAGCUCACAAGGCAUUGGGCAACCAUGCCUACUGUCAGGUGAUCAGACAGCUGACCAGCCAGACCCAGCUUUUUCGUGUUGUGGCUCUCAGUGCCACUCCAGGAGGAGAUACAAAGUCGGUACAGUCCGUGAUAUCCAAUUUGCUAAUUUCACACAUUGAGCUGCGUUCAGAGGAGAGCCCAGACAUCCAGGCUCAUUCCCACCAGCGGAGUGUGGAGAAAAUCGUGGUUCCUCUGGGUGAGAAACUUUCGGCUCAGCAGGCACGCUAUCUUCAGGUUCUGGAGAAGUUCAUGUCCCGUCUGGUUCAGAACCGAGUGAUGGCCCACAAGGACCUACGGACUCUCAGCAAAUACCAGCUCAUUCUCGCCAGGGAUCAGUUCCGGAAGAACCCGCCACCGCACAUCAAGGGAUCUCAUCAGGGAAUACUGGAGGGCGACUUUGCCCUUUGCAUCAGCCUGUACCAUGGCUACGAGCUGCUGAUGCAGAUGGGUCUCCGAUCGCUUUUCUUUUACAUCCAGGGAAUCAUGGACGGAUCCAGAGAGAUGUCCAGGGCAAAGAAUGAACUACAGAGGACACCCACAUUCAUGGACCUGUACCAUGAGAUGGAGACAAUGUUCCUGAAGCCACCAGAAGGUCCAGAUGAACCAUUUAUUUACAGCCAUCCCAAACUGGAGAGAUUGGAGGAGGUGGUGUUGCAGCACUUUAACAUGUGGGCUCAGAGCUCAGCAGACAAAAAUGAUGGAGUAAGCACACGUGUGAUGAUCUUUUCUUCCUUUCGGGAGAGCGUCCAGGAGAUCGCCACUAUGCUAAACCGGCACGCUCCGCUGAUAAGGGUCAUGACGUUUAUGGGCCAAGCCUCUGCUGGGAAGGGGGUCAAAGGCUUCACCCAAAAGGAACAACUGGAGGUGGUCCACAGGUUCCGACAGGGAGGCUUCAACACUUUGGUUUCAACCUGUGUGGGGGAAGAAGGGCUGGAUAUCGGCGAGGUGGACCUGAUCGUGUGCUUUGAUGCUCAGAAGAAUCCCAUACGCCUUGUGCAGCGAAUGGGACGUACUGGACGUAAGCGACAGGGACGCAUCGUCGUUAUCCUCACAGAGGGACGGGAGGAGAGGACCUACAAUCAGAGUCAAAGCAACAAGCGCAGCGUGUACAAGUCCAUCACCAGCAACAAAAAUGGGUUCCGCAUGUAUCCCAACAGCCCCCGCAUGUUGCCUGAGGGGCUGAACCCCCAACUGCAUAAAAUGCACAUUAUCUGUGGCCAGUUUGACCACCGAGAGGGCAGCAGGAGGUCUGUCAGGGGUCGACGGUCCCACUCUGAAGGACGGGCUUCACUCAUCCACCCUCAAAACCUAAUUCAACAGGAUAGACCAACAUCAGAUGGGUUUUUGAGCAGAACCGAAUAUUCUCUGUGGGCAUCCACCAUGAAGCUGAAAGAACAUGAGACUCACCCAACUCUAAAGCCAUCUACCUUCAUGUCAUUUCCCAAUGACUCCACACCUCAGGAGGAUAUUUCAAGGGGCAAUCCAGCUUCCAGAGAGCUGUCUUUGUGGGAAUGGAGACAUUGGCAGCAUAAACCACUUCCUUUCCAUGCGGUUGAUCAUUCCCUCCGCUGCCACCACUUCAUUAAGGUGAUGGAGCUCAUAGACAACAUGAAAGAUGAGAAUGAGGGGGAAUGUGGUUACGAACAGCAGCUUCUACCAUACCUCCACAGAGAAGACACUGACAUCAAGAGACAGAAGAAACAAAAAGCUCCAAUGAUGUGUGGAAAAAAUAAUAAGAGCAAACCUAAACCAUCUGAUUCGUCCCGGUUUGAACUGGAAUAUAUCGACGAGGAGACAGAGAUGGAGACCGCAGCAUUAGCUGGGUUUGAUUCUACAUCGGCCUUGGUGAAACAAAGGCUCCCACAUGAACAUUUGACUGAAGGACCUCCUGGUGAUGACUUAAGACCUGUGCGGGUUGAUUCUCCUUCACACAACUUUGACAAUAACUUUGCCAUCGUUAGCAUAAGAGAAAAAGACCAAACCUUCAGAGAUCCUUCAAAUCCAGAUGAUGUUCCUGAACUGAAUGCUAAAAAUGAGGAAGAUGCUGAUCUUCAAGAGAUGUUUUACCUUCCUAAAACCUAUUCUACACCCCUAUCGCACUCUGACAAACCUAGAAGACACGAGAGUCUGAAGCCCAUCCUUGCCAACGUAGCUGAACUUCUUUCACGUUCUCCACCUUCACUGGACAACAUGUUAGAGGUGGAAACAGCUGCACCAUGUCUUCCACCUUCACCUCAGCUGCAUCUUCAGCCUUUCCCCAUCAGUUUUAGCUUGGAUGUGGAUGACGAUGAUGGCUGUGAUGAUAUUUCAGCUGCCGGCCGGGACUCAGAUGAACCAGUGGUGCUGAAAGGUGGCAGUAAGCACAGGGAGCCUGAUAGUCCCACCUGGGACGCGGUUUUCAAAGAUGAAGAAGUCAGUUAUGAAAAUAUCAGAGAUGACAAGAAGGAACUGGAUUCUAAAAAGGGUCAUGAUCCAAAGGAGUGUGUUUGCACGGAAAACGAGCGCUGGGAUAACAUCCGUGCUGAUGCAGAGCCAAGCACGAGGGAUGCUGGUGUGAUGGAAGAUGGAGGCAUUUCCAACAAUGUCCAGAUAAAUGAGAGUAUGGACUUGUUUGAAGACGAUGAGGCCUUCAUGCAGAUGACAAUUCCAGAUAUUCCAACUCCUGAGGACAGCGUCACAGCAGAGACAACCCUCAAUGCUAAGCACAAUGAAAGCACUGACAAGAUGGCCAAAAGUGAACAUACAAGCAGCACAAGGAAUCCAUCUGACUGCACAGAAAUAUUAAACGCAGCGAAAAUCACUCAACAAGUGGGUGAAGAUAACAGAACUCCUGCUUCAGAUGCAAGGCUAAAGCUUCAAGGCAGUAAUACCAGAACUGAAGGAAAACCUCAGUUCCAGAAACCAGUAGAUCACUUCACCAAAGAUGAUUCUUCUUUUCAGUCUUUAGUGCAGGAAAAUCCUGAGCCACUAGAUUCCUCUCUUGAUUUCUUCUCUGUUAAUUUUGAUCUUGGCUAUUUGCUGGAGGACUCUGAGGAUGAAACAGAAGUGGAAGCUGCACCUGCAUCUCCAUCAACUAAAAAACAAGCGGAGUCAGCUACCACUUUGCCAGCUGUUUCUAAUUCCUCCACUCCUCGUAGCAGCUUCGCAGGACUCUUCAGCGAGUCCAAGUUAUCUCCUCCACAAAUUAAAACGGACUAUUGGAAGUCUAGAACUGAAGAACUCCCAUCUCCAGUCACAUCACUGGGAGCCAGACGGACGCUCCUGUCCAGUCUUGUCGAACCCCCUGAAGGCAACCUCAGGGUGGCGAGUGCCGAGGACAGCUCACGGCAGGGAUCCGUUCAUGUGGGAGACUCUUCCCCUAAUCCAGCAGAGUGUUACAGUGACAGUGAAGAAGAUGUUGUGCAUCACAAAAGAAGACCUCACAAGAUCAACCCCUUGUCUUCCCCAGAAGUGGCGAGCAAGUCCAAGACUCUGAGUGAUGUGGACUCCCCGGUGGUGGCGAAGAAAAAACGUGCUUUUGUACUGAACACGACUGACGAAACACAAGCUGGAGCUUCUUCUGAUGACGAUUUCCAGAACGACUCCAUGUUCACGCACAGAAAAGCACAACCUGGAGCCAAGAGGCAACAAGUCCAACAGCCCAAAAACAAGAACACCAAAGGUCAGAAAGCACGUCAGUUUCUGGAUGAAGAGGCAGAGCUGUCAGAAGAUGAGGAGGGAGCAGAUGUUUCAUCUGAUGAAGAAGAUGGCGCAGAUCUGAAUCGGUCUCUUGAAGGCUUCGUUGUGGACAACACGCACUUCUCUCAGGGACUGAACGACUCAGACAUGCAGGGAGUUUACCUGAAGUCUGUGAGAAGCCCUGCAGUCCAGGGCAAAUUCAAAAUGUCCUAUAUGAACCAUCACGACAUGGCAAUUUUUUCCCAGGUGCCUGAGAUGGAUGAGACGUAUGCAGAAGACAGCUUUGUGGUUGGCAGUGAUGAGGAAGAGCCAGAGAGUAAUGAGGAAGAGCCCGAAGUUGUCGAACUUCUGCCCGAGGUGUCAUAUGUGGACGGGAGAAGGCAGUACGCAACCAGACGGCGUGUUUUUCUGCACAAAGCCAGAGUGGGACCCGAAACUAAGAUAAGAACUCAGUCUGCUGCAGAGCAAAGGGCCAAAACCAAAACCAAACUCUCCCGCGUCAUUUGCUUAAACGAUUCCAGCGAGGAGGAGACAGAGGAGGCGAGCAAAAAAGGGAGUCCCUUCACAGGGGGGAGUGUUGUCCCUUUCCAGACAAACACGCCACAUCCCAAUGGGCAGAAAUCCAUGACCUCUGCAUCUGCAACCAUAGCAUCGAAAGUCUCAUUGUUGAGCAAAGGACCGAGGAGUUCGCUGAGUGAAGAGCAGCGAAAUGAGAGGUGUCGCCAGAAGUUAGAGAAGCAACAUCUUCUCUCUGAUGAGCUUGACUUUGCAGAGCCAGAGUCAACUUUAAUCCAGGGACUCCCUUCCACGUCCUCAGCGCCUCAGAAGUCCACUGCCCAGAAUCCAUCAGUGAACAAGUCGCCGUCUCUGCCCGGGUCCGUCUGCAUCCUGGUGGACAGCCGCUGCAUCAGCGGCGGUGUGGAGCUCAUGACGAGUCUGCGUCAGCGACUCGGGGCCAACGUCCACGUCUGCUCACUGGACAGCAGCUACUUUAUUGUGAGCAACCGCAUGGCCGUGGAGAGGCACAGCCAAUCAGAUUUAGCCGCCAUGCACAACCGGAAGCGUCUGGCGGAGAGAUUGACCAACCUGCAGGGGUUGUUUGAGCGAGUGUGUCUAAUAGUGGAAAAAGAUCGGUCCAAGCAAGGGGAGGUUUCUCGUCCCUUCCAGCGCACACGUUACUAUGACAGCACUUUAGCAGCUCUGGUUCGUGCAGGGAUUCACCUGCUGUGGAGCGGCGGUGCUGAGGAGAGCGCCGGCUUGUUGUCGGAUCUGGCCAAGCUGGAGCACCGUAAAGGUCAGGGUAUCGCUGUGCCCCUCGAAGUCAAAGGGCAGCACAGGCAGCAGGCCCUGCAGCUGUACCGGAGUCUGCCUUCAGUCAGCCACGUCCACGCUCUGAACCUGCUCCACAACUUCAGCUCCAUCGCCCAGCUGAUGAACAGUUCUGUUGAGGCCAUACAGAAAGGAGGCUGCAUGAGCCGAACCAGAGCCGAGGAGAUCUACCGCGUCCUGCGUCACUCCUGUGACUCCGCCUUCCUCGUGAACCCACCAAAAGCAGGAAACAAACCACUGAAACCCUGAUGGAGACGUAUAACCUGAGCUCCAUCUUUGAUAAUUCAACCGUUGGACUUUUCAUUCAUCACAUAAACCAGCUUACUUUUACUUCUCUUUCCCUUUAUUUUACUUGCCUGCCAGGGACAAAAUAUCGAGGCUCAAAACUGCAACAGUUCAAUAAAUAAAAGUCAGUAAAUAUUUGUGAUAAUUUAAAUAAAAUUGGGAAUAUAAACAUUAAAUAACAAUUUAAAUGCAUCCUAAAUUUAACAUUAAAUAAAUAUGAAAAUAGCUUAUUAAAAGCAUUAAUAUUUUAUUUCUUAUUCAGGUUGCAGGAUUUUAAUUUUUCCCGUAAGCGUUACCCAUCACUCAGUGGGCGGGGCUAAAACUGCACUUGACCAAUCAGACGUUAAGAUCUAUUUGACAAGCCAUACUCAAGUUUCUUUCACAAUGGACUUCAAAGCUUUGUUUUAUAGAUUUUUACAUUACUUAAAUAUCAAAUUGACAAUUAUAUAUAUUUUUUCAUAUAUAUAUAUAUAUAUAUAUAAAAAAGAUUAAAGUUUUAUUUAAAUUGUCACCUUUAAAAAAUAUAUUUAUUGGAUUUUUUUGUCCCUCGAUGCUGAUACCAGUUACUGUGUAACUGUCUGUGUUGAACUUCACCUCAGUGAGGGAGAAACCUCAUCUUCUGCACAACAAGUUAAAGGUGCAAACGUUAAAAGUUCUAUAAUAGAUGACAUAUUGGUUGUUUCUCUGCUCAUGUUUCCUAAUGACCAUUGUGGUGUCUGUAAUUGUCCACCGACGGUGAUCCUGUCACAAUAUAAACACUAAGAUCUCAAUCAAGACAUUUGAAGCACACUUUUGUAAAAUAAUGUGUAUAUUACUAACUGUAAAUAGCUGUAAGUGAAGUAAACGUUUCUGUAAUAAACAGCUUUAUUUUCUGUGACCAGUAUUUUUAUAUUAAAACUGCUGCUGUUCAACAAUAA